CUAGACUGUACAUGUACAUGUACAUGUCAGAUAAAGUCCUUUGUGUUCUCAGUGUUAGGAUUUGGAUGGAUGAUGAGAUCUCUGUAUGUGAUGCCCAUUGUAGUAGUCGGUUCCAGCCUUUUUUUUGCCUACUGGUUUUACAGGAUCAGGAGAUCAGGAGCCUUUUCUAAGAAGACAAUCAACAAAGUUGUUUUCUUUCCCGACAAAGCCACUGCGAAACUUCUGUCUAGGAGUCGAAAAAGAACAAAUUUACAGGGCAGUAGUUUGCUGACUCUGAUGGAGAGCAUACAGAGUGCAAGACAUUCUCUAGAUGUGUGUAUGUUCACAAUGGCCUGUAAAGAACUCGGAGAAGUACUGAUCAAAGCUCAUCGAGACCGAAUUACUGUGAGGGUGAUUACGGAUGCAGAGCAGACCGGAGCAUAUGGCUCCCAAAUAGAGAAGCUACGGAGAGCAGGUAUCCGGGUUCGAAUGGACAAAACCACAUUUUUCAUGCACCACAAGUUCGUGGUUGUAGACAACAAGGUACUGGUUAACGGAUCAUUAAACUGGACGAAUCAGGGUGUGUGUGGGAACCAAGAGAAUGUUUUGAUAACCAACAACUCAGAAUUGGUGCAGCCUUUUGUGAAACAGUUUGAACACCUGUGGCAACUUUAUACUACCCCUGGGGGACUAAGACUAAACUAACAUCCACCCUUAACCUUCACCUUCAUUGUUAUUACACCGUGUUUGCUUUAAUAUUAAAUGUCACAAAAAUUAAUUAUGCUGAAUUCAGUGAUGAA